GUGUGCUCUCAGAUAAAAUCCUUCGUCUGCUUACUGCAUUUGGCGCUCUCUCUCUUAAAAGUAUCAGAGAGAGAGAAACAGAUUCACAGAAAACGGAUAUGGGCAUGGGAUUAAGCUUUUCUCUUUUCCUAUAAUGAGCAAAGCUUUCAGUUUCUUCUUCGCAGAAGAAGAUGGCUCUGCAAGAACAAGAUUCCCAAGAGCUCCAAAACCCACCAAUGCUUUUAGACGCUUUGUUCUGUGAAGAAGGUCUUGAGGGAGAAGAAGAAGAUUUGGGAGACAAUGGUGUUGAAGAACAGAGCGAGAGCUGUGUUGAGACUUUGGAAAAACAGUCUUCCCCUUUGGUUAUGUCAAAAGGCGACCUGUUUUGGGAAGAAGAUGAACUUGUCUCUCUAAUUUCAAAAGAGAAACAAACCCAUGUCAGUUUCAGUGGUUCAAACUCAGAUGGGUCUUUAAUGGUGGCUCGGAGAGAAGCAUUAGUCUGGAUUUUGAGUGUGAAAUCACACUAUGGGUUGUCUUGUUUGACCACUGUUCUAGCUAUGAACUACUUUGAUCGGUUCAGUUCAAGCUCGGUGUUUCAAAAGGACAAGCCUUGGAUGAGUCAACUAACUGCUGUGGCUUGUCUCUCUCUGGCUGCCAAAGUGGAAGAGACCCAUGUGCCCCUUCUUCUGGAUUUGCAAGUGGAGGAAUCAAAGUAUGUAUUUGAAGCCAGGACUAUUCAAAGAAUGGAGCUUUUGGUGCUUUCAACUCUUGACUGGAGGAUGAAUCCGGUAACCCCAAAUUCAUUCUUUGAUCACAUGAUCAGGAGGCUUGGUUUGAAGAUCCAUUUGCAUUCGGAGUUUCUGUGGAGAUGUGAGCGCCUCCUUCUCUCUGUCAUUGCAGAUUCCAGAUUUCUGGUCUUUCUGCCUUCUAUAGUAGCUGCUGCAGUAAUGCUGUAUGUUAUUAAUGAAAUUGAAACAUUCAAUCCUGUCGAUUAUCAGAAUCAGGUUUUGAGUGUACUCAAAGUCAGCCAGGGCAUAGUCAGUGAAUGCUACAAGCUCAUCCUGGUACUAUCAGCCAGCACUGUGCAAAACCAAGGGCAUAAACGCAAGCAUUCAUUCAUACCUAGCAGCCCAAGUGGAGUUAUAGAUGUAUGUUUCAGCUCUGAUACCUCAAAUGAUUCAUGGGCUGUGGCUUCACCGCUCUCAUCUUUGCCAGAUCCUCGAUUUAAAAGGAGCAGACUUCAGGACCAGCAGAUGCGGCUACCCUCGUUAAAUCGUGUAUCUGUUGAUGUGCUUAGCAGCUCUCGUUAGUGUCUUGUCUUUUGUCUACUAUUAAACAUGGUAGUAUAUACAAUCCUUGUAAUGCAUCUUAUUGGUGGUAUCUGUUCUAUAUGUGCAAUCUGACUAUGUUCUAUGAUAUAUUUCAUUUUGUAGCCAAACCUAUUAAUAUGAAUUGGUCUUCAGAUCAAACUCCAUUUCUGUCUC